AUGUCCACCGCCAGCUACACCCCCGCCGCGCAAGCGGCGCACACCCACCUCGUAACGAUCGUGCACCGACACCUCGAGUCGUCCGCGCUAUGGACCAGCCUCAGCACACACCCUGCCUCUUCCACCCUCCCGCGGCCCCUCCUAACGGGCGUCCCACCCUCCCCGCAGCAGGUGGAGUGGGUUCUCCCCGUGGACCUGCGCGAGAAGUGGAGUCCGCGGAAGAUGGCGGAGGUGUUUGAUGCGAUGCCGGCGGGCGUGUGGGGGAGCGAUGCGAAGGGCGCCACGAGGAAGAAGAGGCUGCUGCUCGCUGUUGUCGCGGAGGACUCCGCUGUGGCAUACUAUUUUGUUCAUGAUGGAGUUGUUAAACCGAGGCAGAAUUAGUGGGGAGGUCUCCGGGAGAGCGGCCGGGAAGGAGGGAAAAUGGAAUACAUAGACAGUCUUGUGGGUGGGGAUGAGGCGUUCGGAUGGCACAAAAGUUUGCUUUUUUGGGGCUCUAGGCUUUCAUCACGGGAUUCACGAUCGAGUGAGAUUCUGUGCUAUGCAGAUACAUUGCAGGAUUCUACUGUGGCAACAAAGACUCAAUCGAUCAUGG